CUUUCCUGCAUCUCUCUCCGGUUCUCUGUUUUUCCCCUACAAUGGAAAAUUCAAGCAAAAGAUGUAAUGUUUGCCUUCAAAACCUCUUAUUUCUCCUGCUUCCCUGCCUCUUCUUUUUCAUUCAAUACCAUGUCGUUCCUGUUACAGGAGAUGUCCAUGUUACCCCUUACAUCCCUGUAGAAAGCAUCACAAUUGAUUGUGGUUCUUCCAUGAGUGGCCAAUCUCUUGAUGGCCGUCCAUGGGUCGGAGAUGUCGGUGGACAAUUCAUCCCCAUAGAGCAAUCAAACAAUAAGAACAAAUCAUCAGCAGUUAAUCUUGAAUCCCAGCUGCCCGUAUCAGUUGGAUCGGUCCCUUAUUCCACAGCACGUCUAUCUUACUCAGAGUUCACCUAUUCAAUUCCCCUCACCACUGGCCCAAAGUUCAUUCGCUUCUACUUCUAUCCAACUUCGUAUCCAGGCUUUGCAGGCCCUUCUAAUAAAGCUUUCUUCUCUGUUAAAGCUGGUCCUUUUACCCUUAUCAGCAAUUUCAGUGCUUUACUUUUUGGUCGUGGUGAACCUACACUUGUCAAUGAAUUUUCUGUUAACGUUCAUGAAAGUCAAGGGUUAAACAUAACCUUCACUCCGAGACCUGAUAUCACUGAUUCUUAUGCUUUCAUCAACGGAAUCGAAGUUGUUGAUAUGCCAACCAAUCUAUAUUAUGGACCAUCAAUUAUCGAUGGGGUAAAUUUUCUAGGUCAGGCCCAGGCAGAAGACACAGCCCUUGAGAUGAUGUAUCGAAUCAACGUUGGAGGGAUGGAAGAAGACACAGGGGUGUUCCAGCACUGGUUAAGUGAUGUAGACUAUUUGACAAUAGCGAAACCAAGUGCUCUUCUUGUUAAUACCGCUAAUGAGCUCACCUUCAGCGGGGAAACCCCAUCCUUCUCUGCUCCAAGGGUGGUUUAUCUAACUGCCAGGACAAUGGGGACAAACAAGACAGGGAAUGAGAACUACAAUCUCACCUGGGAGUUUCCUGUUGAUUCUGGGUUUAAUUACUUUGUAAGAUUACAUUUUUGUGAGUUCCAAAGUGAUAGAACUCAACAAGGUGAUCGAGUCUUUGAGAUCUUCUUGGCUAAUUUAACCGCGGAGAUUCGAGCUGAUGUUAUGGCAUGGAGUGGUGGGCAUGGGAUUCCAGUAUAUAAGGAUUACGUAGUGCCGAUAGGAUCACAAGGAAAUCAAAAACAGCAGAAUCUCUCUAUUGCUUUGCAUCCUUCGCCAGCUUCGACAUCUCGUUCUUCCGAUGCAAUCUUGAAUGGUCUGGAAAUCUUCAAAUUGAGAAAAAAUUUUGUUCUGGCCGGACCUAAUCUUGAACAAGGAAAUACACCGCAAACUUCAACCAAGCCCGAUAAAUCAACAAGGACAAUUAUCGUUGCUGUUGUUGCUCCGAUUUCUGGCAUUGUUAUGGUCUCUCUUUUACUUUUCCUGAUUUUCCAAAACUGUUCCAAUAACUUUGCCAACAACAGCAUCCCUGCUCCACCUUCUGAUAUUUGUCGCCGUUUUUCGCUAAGGGAGAUCAAAACAGCUACCAACAACUUCGAUAAGAGUUUCAUUGUCGGAAGAGGAGGAUUCGGCAACAUGUACAAAGGAUUCACUGAGGCUUGCUCCACACUCAUUGCAAUCAAACGGCUCAAUCCAAGUUCACAACAAGGGGUGCUUGAGUUCAGGACCGAAAUCAAGAUGCUCUCCAAACUUAGGCACCAAAACUUAGUCUCUCUAAUUGGAUAUUGUGAAGAUAAUAAGGAAAUAAUCCUUGUGUAUGAUUACAUGCUUCAUGGGACAUUGAGAGAUCACCUCUACAACACUAAUAAUCCCCCAUUACAAUGGGAGCAGAGGCUCAAGAUGUGCAUUGGUGCUGCACAUGGACUGCAUUAUCUCCACCGAGGUCCCAACCACACCAUCAUUCAUCGAGACGUGAAGACGACAAAUAUUUUGUUAAAUGAGAAAUGGGUAGCCAAAGUGUCUGAUUUUGGAUUGUCUAAAAUGAAUGACUUAUCCAACACUCAUAUCAGCACUGCCGUCAAGGGCAGCUUUGGGUACUUGGAUCCCGAAUAUUACCGUCUUCAGAAAUUAACUGAAAAAUCCGAUGUGUACUCUUUCGGUGUGGUAUUGUGUGAAGUACUAUGUGCUAGACUACCGAUAGAUCGAACCUCCGAGGAUCAUAUGCAAAUAAGUUUAGCAGAGUGGGCACAACAUUGCUACAACAAUGGAAGCCUUGAUCAGAUAAUAGAUCCAUAUUUACAGGGUAAGAUCAGCCUUCCAAGCCAGUUAAAAUUUGUAGAAGUAGCUAUAAGUUGUUUAGCUUCGGAAGGGAUGAAAAGGCCGACCAUGAGUGAAGUGGUGUAUGGACUUGAGCUUGCAUUGCAACUGCGGGGAAGUGAAAUGAACGGAAACGAUGAGAAUGAUGCAAAUAACUCAUCCAAUGUUGAUUAUCAUGUGUUGUAUACAAGCGGUAGUGGGUCAAUGAGGGUUGGUCGUUAGAAUCAAUGUUUUAAUUAUUUGCUA